UCAUAUGGAUUUAUGACGCAAUAUAAUAAGACAAAUAAAUUUGAAAGCAGAAAGCGUUAUUAUGGAAAAUAUGGCAAAUUUGUCAAAUGAUAAUGUAGUCAAACGAAACGUGAACUCGCUGCCACCAGUACCAGCUUUUGUUACAAAAGAAAGCUAUCAGCAUGCAGGUAGUUUUUUGCCCCAACCGACCGAUAUCUUCGUUAAUUGUCCGCCGAAAUGUGGCACGACAUGGAUGUCGCAAAUAGUUCAUCAGUUAAGAAGCGGAGGAGACAUGAGUUUUAAUGAUAUAGACGAAGUUGUAUUGUGGAUUGAUACAGCUUAUACAUUUGGCGAUGUCAUCGACAAGGAGCAGACAUACCAUCCGAGGAUUUUCAAAAGCCAUAUGUCAUACAAAACGAGUCCUAAAGGCCAUUUCUAUAUCUCCGGAGAAAUGACGAUAGAGACGUUUAUAUCGGAUAUAUAUAAGAAAAAGAUUAAAGAAUUAAUGGAUUAUUUCGAGCAUUUACGCAGUUGGUGGCCUAGACGAAAUGAUUCGAAUGUUUUGAUGCUGACUUAUGAAGAUAUGUCAAAUGAUUUAGAAAGUGCUGUUCGCUCUGUUGCAACGUUCGUGGGAAUAACGGAUGAAGGGUCUAUUAGGAAUGCUGUGAAAAUGAGUUCUUUUGAUUUUAUGAAGAUACAUAAAGACAAAUUCAACAUGAGCAUCUAUCUGCAAAAUCUGCAAAGGAUCGGAUACCUUGGAACAAGCUUGUUAGAACGUGUUGCUACCGGAUCUGCCACAAAAGGACGAGAAAUGAUGAGCGAGCAGGCAAAACAAGCCAUUCAAAACAUGUGGAAUGAAUCCAUAACGUCUACAAUUGGUUUAAAAAAUUAUGAAGAAUUUUGCACGGCUUUAAACAAUGAAAAACAUCAGUAGAGUUUUUAAUGUUGAUUUGAACUUUAACCUCUGGAUAUAAGGGAUGUAGAUAUAAAAAUUUGUCAGCGAAAUUGUCCUUAAAAUAAGUUGUUAUUCGCACGUGGUUGUAGUUUGUAAAUGUUACACAGCACUCUUUGCAGCCACCAUUUAGCGAUUCACUAGCGCCUUGAGAGAACUGUUUGUGAGAUAAAUGUUUGACUUGUAUUCGCUAUAGGUUUUGCCUUGUCUGCCAUUCUGCAAAUCAGAAAUUUAAAAUAAAUAUUAUGACGUGGCA